GUGUAGUCACACGGCUCUGAUCAGGCUGGUGUCACAUGGUUUGUGUUUGCAGUCACUUCAGAGCGCUGGACUAACUUCUGUUAAACACAGUUAUGAUGAAAGUGUUUCAUGCUUCCUUUGUGAAAUACUGAAAACUACAGAAGAAACAAAGAGGCAGUGAAACAAUGGAAAUACCAGCCAUAAAUCUCAAGGCCAUCGUGUUGGUUCACUGGAUACUGACAGUCUGGGCAUGCUUGUAUCCCUGGCUUCCUACAUCUUAUGUGUUGGGGAACAGUAGUGUUCUUGCAGUGGGAGUGUGGGCCAUAGCACAGAGAGACUCCAUAGAUGCUGUAUUAUUGUUCUUGAUCGGGUUGGCAGCGACCAUCUUGACUGACAUUGUUCAUUUUGGUCUGUACUAUUUGACGACUGCAAACUCGCCGGAUUUGUUCCGUUUUAGUGCAGGCAUGGCCAUCCUGAGCCUGGUGCUCAAACCUGUUUCCUGUUUCUUUGUCUACCAGAUGUACCGUGAGCGGGGUGGCGAAUACAACAUCAACUUUGGUAUCCCAACAAUAACUCGAAACAGAGAUGCCUACCAGUCCAUUGACCAUCAGGAUCAGUCUGGCAGCUCUGCCAGCCCCUUCAGCCAAACAGAAGAUAGCAAAAAUGGGCCACGUUCCUACUAAAUAAUGACCAAACUCAAAAUAUAACCAACCAGCUUUCUGUGCUGCCAAGGUCAUAAUGUAUAUGGACUUUUUGUUUUAGAAUAGUCAUUUUUGUAGGUCAUGAAUAUACAGUAUACGCUCCAAAAGAAUGAAUGAAAAUUUUGAGCAAAAUAUUCAAACAGUUUUACAUUUGGUUCUGCAGAUGAUGUUUAGAUGUUGUGGUCUGGUAAUUGAGAGGUCCAUUAAGCCCCUCUAAAAAAAAAUCUUAGUGUUUUCAACCUGAGGUCCAAGUUAUGCUCUUUACAGCAGGUUAUAUAUCUUUGUGCAAGAUGUUAGCUGUUUCCAAAGGUUUGUAGUUUCUUAGAAAGGACUUCUGAAGCUGCGAUUUAGAAGCUCUCCUGCUAAGUGUCCAUCUGUUACUGUUGGUGAGUUGCAAAUUGCAAUCACUUCUAGUCCAAGACAGUUUGAUUUACUCAACAUAUGUCAGUGUGGUUACACAUGUAUUUUCUUAAUUUAAUAUUUGCAGCAGGACUCCAACAUUUGUUCAUUUUGUGACUCCUUCAAAGAUUAAAAAGAUUCUUGCUAAUCCAAAUUCAAUGCAAUCUGUAUUCAUGUAGUAUGAUUUAUUAGAUUGGUCAUGCACACUGGAUUAUUUUAAUGCUAAAGUUGGACAUCUACAAUUGGGAUUUCAUAUCAAAUAUUCCUGAGCCUGUUUGAGGCUGAUUGCUUAAGAUAUACUGGUAGGCUUUGUCUGUUAGCUGUUAGCAAACUAAUCUGUUUCAUAGCUAUUUCAGUUCUCUUUAAUCUAAAUCUUCCUUUUGUUUAAAUUCUCUUUAUUUCCUCAGUGGUAAGAAGCCCUGCAGAGCACCUCAAAUAUCUAUUUCAGAUUAGUUCCCACUGCUGGUUUUAUAUUCCUAUUAGUGAUAUUACAUGUUGUCAUAGAAACACCACAGUGCUCAUUUAAAUUAUCUUUUGGUUUGUUCCAGUUUUCAUUGGCAAGAAGGAUUAUGUGGGUUGAUUAUAUUGUAAAUAUAUCAAAUUGUAAAAUAAAAUCAGAGUGGUGAAAGUUAUUGCACAUUAUACCUAUUGUAUUUUUUGGUCCUUUUUAGGUCCAUAUAUAUAUAUAUAUAUAUAUAUAUAUAUAUAUAUAUAUAUAUAUAUAUAUAUAUAAUUUAAUGUAAUUUUUCCCACGAACCAUUAAAAAUACAUACUGAAAGCUGAUUUAUACUUCUGCGUUAGCCUGACUUGCACCUCUACAAAAUGUAAGGGGCCCAUUAUACUUCUGUUAGAAUUUUACUGUAGACAUUAUAUUCCUUGGUUUCUCCUAACAAUAAAGAAUUAGUAGGUGUGUCCAUUUGAAUGUAGUGUUUAAUAUAUUUUGACCUAAGGAAGGCAGUAUCUUGUCAUAAAUGUCACAAGAAAGGCAUAAUUAUAGUUAUUAAAUCCCCAGAGAAUAGUUAACUUCCCUGUUCUUGUAUGAGGAAGUUCAAUGUGCUGAAUGAAGUGAAACCAGUAGAAUGGCUAAUACAGAUAUAGAAGUGUAUUUCUCCUGCAGAGGGCGCACCGUGGCUCAUAAAGCCCCAUUCACACUAUAGUGCAGAGGGUUAAUAAUCCUGUUCCUGGAGAUUCCUGCAAAGUUCAGCUCCAACCCUGAUUACAGUAACUAAACCAGCUAAUUAAUAUCUCCAGGAGCACUUGAUAAUUACAGACAGGUGUGUUGGAUCAGGGUUGGAUCUGAACUCUGCAGGUAGGUAGAUCUCCAGGAACAGGAUUGGGCACCCCUACUAUAUGUGUGUCAUGGUUGUGUCCUGUUUUUAAUUUUCAUGGAUUUUAGUUUGUAUUCAUUAGUCCCUGUUUUCCUUUGUUUAGUUUCCUGCUGCUUAUUGGUUACUAUGGAGAUUCAUUAAUCAUCAGAAAUGUUUGUCAUUAUUUACCCUCAGUUACCUUGUAUUUAAGUUGCAGUCUUUUCAGCGUUCAUUUGUCUGGUCACAUUUACGUAUAGCAGUUGUGUAUUUUGUUUUAUCUUAUCUUGUUUUGUAUUACCUUCUGAGUGGAUUAUUAAAGAUGUUAUUCCUGA